UAGUAAUCAUGCACACACAGAUACUCCUUUUUCUGAACGUUAACAAUUAUAACUUGUGGAGGUGUUUACGGUACAAGUUUUAACAAAUUAGCUGGUAAAAUGUAUUUACUUUUAGUACCCAACUACCAUGCGCAUACGCUUUAAUAUGUAUAUUAGAUAGCCGCAGGAAAACCGUACAGGGUAAAAUCACGCAUGCUAAGUCUCCCUUAUGGGGUCAGUCAUCAUGUGUAAUAGAGUCGAAUACAAGCAGUUGAUGAUGACUGGGCCAUGUUUGGCACCCGUAGCGGUAAAAAUGGUAGCCAUUAUGUUUUCUGGGUACUGUGUUUGGCCUCCAAACUGAACCAACAUCAGAACUAAAAGACAUCGGAUACAGGCCUAUUACCCGGAAAGCGUUCUGUCAUCAGCUGAUACCAAAUGGCAUCUUCGAACUGCUCCCUGGAAUCUCUACCUAAUGAAAUCCUUUGGCAUAUUUUAUCGUUUUUAAAGCCAGGCUUUAUUGCGGAAGUAUUACCGCAAGUUUCUCCUAGUUUUCGUGCACUCGUGGAAGAUCAGUCUCUCUGGCGGCGCAGAUUAUAUUCUCGUUGGCCGGCACAGCAUCCAACACCACCGGACGAUUGGGUUGAAUGUUGCCGCCAAAGAGAAGAACACUGGGAUGCAUUUCGAGGAUGGGAAGACGAGGGCGCUCUGAAACAUAUUCGAAAGGACGAUGCCCAUAUUGCGGCUGUAGACGCACUGAAAUUUAUUCAGAAUGGUUCCCUGUGUGUAUCCGGAGGUCGAGAUCACCAGCUGCGAGUAUGGAAAAUCGAUGAAGAAGAGGUAUCUCUUCACAAAAACUUCUCAUGUGCUCACGAAGCGUGGAUAUGGUCCGUCGAGCAGUUAAAUGAUAACACACUUGUGUCUGGCUCGUUUGAUCAAACCGUGAAGACAUGGGACCUAGAGAAGCAGGAUCCUGUAGACACGUUUAAGCUACCUGCAGCGGUGCUUUCAGUUGCUAUUCAAGAGAGUCUAUUGGCUUGUGGAACCAUUGGUCAUAAGGUGCACCUUAGGGAUGUUCGAACCAAAGACGACGCCAAAGUCUUUGAGUAUCAUAAACAUUUUGUGCUUACUUUGGCCAUGGAUGAUAAAGCGAUUAUUUCUGGAAGCAAGGACGGCACGAUGGCGAUUUUCGACAUCCGAGCGGAAAAGGUUUCGCAAGUUAUUAAGAUGAAGGGAUACCCGACUGCGAUAUCACACGGCGACGGCCAAACUUGGGUGGGAACCUCGCGCGGCUACGUUGCAUGUAUUGACACACGAUCAUUGCCUGAAUCUGCCCAAUUAGCAAUGCAACGACGAGUUAGCGAUAAAAGUGUUAGAAGUGUGGCGCAUUCGUGGGGUAGUAUUCUUUUGGCAGCUGGAGAUGAUCGACUUUUGCUGCUCGAACCGACCAAGGCUGCAGCAUCAAUUACACGGCAAACCAUUAAAGGAGGUAUUACAAAGGCUUCAAUGCAUAACCGAACUAUCUGCGCGGCUGGAGCCUCUGGAGAACUGCUAGUGUGGGUCCCUCAGAAGGCUUAAUCUUAAAUUUACUAAUUUUUCCAUGUGCAAUCGUUGCAGUAUCGGAUAGCUAAUUACUUUGUUUUUAUGCGAAGGUUUAUUUGGGAGGGGUGCAGCUAUAGCUGCGAAAACACCCGGUGUAAAUAAUGUGCAUAUCGUUCCACAUCAAAGCACGAUAUAGCUUUCUAGAAAUGCAUUAACUGACUUGUACAAAAAUAUCCAAGACUCGCGUAGUUAUAGCGCUUGUAUUUUUAAUACGUUAUUAUUGGAAGGCAAUAAAGAACAAAUCUAAGUUAUUUCA